AUGUGGAAGAGAGGAGGCAGCUUACACGGUGGUGGGGGUGGAGACAAAUUGCUGCGGAAGGGCAACAACAUGGUGGCGGUGGCAAUCGACAAAGACAAAAACAGCCAACACGCGCUCAAAUGGACCAUCGAACACCUGCUUACCCGCGGCCAAACCGUCGUCCUCAUUCACGUCAUUCGGAAACCAGGUGGAGGAGUCGAUGCAUCUGCUGCGAUUAAGCAACAAUAUGAGAAGCAAACCAAAGACCUGUUCCUCACCUUCCAUUGCUUCUGUACCCGCAAACAAAUACAGUGCUUCGAUGUUAUACUCGAAGAUACAAACAUCGCAAAAGUGCUUGCGGAAUACGCUAAUUACGCCGCGAUAGAGGUUUUGGUCCUUGGAGCGUCUUCGCGACAUGGUUUCAUUAGAUUCCGGAGUUCUGAUGUUCCGAGCCACGUAAUGAAAUCGGCACCGGAUUUUUGCACCGUUUACGUCAUCUCAAAAGGAAAAAUAUCCACUGCGAAGAAAUCUUCAAAAUCAGCUCCGUUUCCAUCUCCGAUACGCGAGAAAAUCGAAGAGCUAUCUAUCAACUUAGAAGCAAGCGUACGCCGGAAGGAUAGUGUUAGCUUACGAAGGCCGGAAAACACCUCCGAGAAGCCACGUCCACCUCCACUUCCAAUUCCGGUGCCGGAAGACCCUGACCCCCAACCAAUCGAGUCGCCGUUUAACAAAGGGAGAGGAUUGAAUGCGAAAUUGUUGUGUGGGGAUCUUUCGGAUACCGAUAUAUCAUUUGUGAGCACUGGGAGGCCUAGUGCUGCAAUGUACUACGAUACUGAUUUGAGCCCAACUCCCCGAAAGUCAACAGCUUCAGAUCGUGCCUUUGGAUCACCUUAUUAUGGAAACAAGGGGCCUGAUAUAGGUUACAUGAUUUCUUCGUCCUCGAGAAACACUAAAGGAUCAACUUCGUCACGAACAGAUGACGUGGAUAGUGAAAUGAGAAGACUAAAGAUGGAACUCGAGAAAACAAUGGAGAUGUACAGCACAGCCUGCAAAGACGCACUUACAGCAAAACAAAAGGCUGGAGAACUUGAACAGUGGCGCGUGGAAGAAGCAAACAGACUAGAAGAGGCGACAACUGCAGAGCAAGAAGCACGAGAGCUGGCGGAGAAAGAAAAAGAAAGAUACAAAGCUUUAAUGGCGAAAGCUAGGGCUUCUAGAAGAAUCGCAGAAAUAGAAUCCCAGAAACGAGCGCUCGAACACCCAGAAGAAAAGCAUCAGGAGUCGCAUAAAUACAGAAGAUACACCAUUGAUGAGAUCGAAAAAGCUACAGAUUUCUUCGAGAAAGCAAGGAAGAUCGGUGAAGGAGGUUAUGGUCCGGUUUUCAAAGGCCGGCUUGACCAAAUCCAAGUCGCAAUUAAGGUUUUACGACCCGAUGCUGCUCAAGGAAGAUCACAAUUUCAACAAGAGGUGGAAGUGUUAAGUUGUAUGCGACAUCCAAACAUGGUUCUACUCCUUGGAGCUUGCCCAGAAUAUGGUUGUCUAGUGUAUGAAUACAUGGCUAACGGAAGCUUAGAAGACCGUUUACUAAGAAGAGGAAACACCCCGCCAUUAUCAUGGCAACUCCGGUUCAAAAUCGCGGCGGAGAUAGCCACCGGAAUCUUGUUCCUCCACCAAACAAAACCGGAACCGAUCGUUCACCGGGACCUGAAGCCUGGGAACAUUCUUCUCGACAAAAACUUUGUGAGCAAGAUAAGUGACGUGGGACUAGCUAGGCUACUCCCAGCAUCAUCAUUAACCGAAGAUGUCACUCAGUAUAGAAUGACAUCAGCGGCUGGGACGAUGUGUUACAUCGACCCAGAGUACCAGCAGACCGGGCUGCUUGGUGUUAAAUCAGAUGUUUAUUCGUUAGGGAUAAUGUUGUUGCAGUUGGUUACGGCUAAACCGGCUAUGGGUUUGACUCAUCAUGUUAGAAGGGCGAUUAAUAAAGGAACAUUUGCAGAGAUGUUGGACCCGAGUGUGACUGAUUGGCCAAUUGAUGAAGCGUUAGGGUUUGCGAAAUUGUCGAUACAGUGUGCAGAGUUGAGACGGAAAGAUAGACCGGAUCUUGGGAAGGAGGUGCUACCGGAGCUUAACCGGUUGAGAGAUCUUGGUGUUGAAAAUAUGACUUCCGAAACGUCUCUCGCACCGGAUGCAUAAGUGCUUCAAGCUUGACCGCACCAUAGGCAAUUGAUCUUAUGUAAGGAAACUAGAUAAGUAGCUCAGCUCUUCUGAUUUUUUUUAGUUCGAUUUUAUUAGACCCAAGGCUGUAAAAAAAUUAAACGUUCAACAAACUGUUCAUAUCGUAGCUCGUUUAUAUUCGUUUAUUUAAUAAAUGAGUGUACAUAAACAUGAUUUUUUGUUUGUGUAGUUAAAUGAACGAACAAAAACAAGUUGUUCAUUUAUGUUA